AUGGAUACACCGGAAAAUGUCUUUCAAAUGUUUGAAGCCCAUAUGCAGAGCUAUAAGGGUGAUGAUCCACUUGGUGAAUGGGAAAAUUACGUGCAGUGGGUAGAAGAGAAUUUUCCUGAGAAUAAAGAUUAUUUGACAACUUUAUUAGAACAUUUGAUGAAAGAAUUUUUAGAUAAGAAGAGAUACCACAAUGACCCAAGAUUUAUCAAUUAUUGCUUAAAAUUUGCUGAGUGCAACAGUGACCUUCUGCAGUUUUUUGAGUUUCUGUACAACCAUGGUGUCGGAACCCUGUCAUCUCCUCUGUAUGUAGCCUGGGCUGGGCAUCUGGAAGCCCAGGGAGAACUGCAGCAUGCCAGCGCUGUCUUCCGGAGAGGAAUUCACAACCAGGCUGAACCUAGAGAGCUGCUGCAGCAGCAGUACAGGUUAUUUCAGGCACGCCUCACUGAAACCCAUUUGCCAGUUCAAGCUAGAACCUCAGAACCUCUGCAUGAUGCUCAGACUGUAAACCAAAUGAUGGCAUCAAAAUCAAACCCAGGAAACAAUUCAGCCUGUGUUCCUAAGACCCAGGGUUCAGAACUUCCUGGAAUGCGUUCUUCAACUUGCCCUAAAGAGUCUAAUAUGGAACAAAGGGUGAUCAUGAUUUCUAAAUCAGGAUAUUCUGCACACCCAUCUUUGACAGCCAAAGAUGAUGUUCAGCAGGUUGUUAUGUACUGCAAGGAGAAGCUUAUUCGUGGAGAAUCAGAAUUUUCCUUUGAAGAACUGAGGGCCCAGAAAUACAAUCAACGGAAAAAGCACGAGCAGUGGGUAAAUGAAGACAAACAUUAUAUGAAAAGGAAAGAAGCAAAUGCUUUUGAAGAACAGCUACUAAAACAGAAAAUGGAUGAACUUCAUAAGAAGUUGCAUCAAGCAGCAGAACCAUCCCGUGCAAACCUGUCUGCUUCCCAGGAAAGGGCUGAGGUUAAUCCAGCAGUUAUAAGGCCAAGUGCAGGCUCUCAGCAGGAACUGAGAACUCCAUCUCUGACAGCCAUCGAUCUGCAGACCUCAAAGACUAUGGGAGAAAGACCAAGAGAGACAACUCCUGUCAUUCCUCUCAUGGCACACAGUGCCCCUGUUGCAUUGGUGCCCCCAGCCGCGAGCCAGAGUAUAGCUCCCCCUGUUCCUUUGACAGCUCAGGCAGGUGCAGAUUCUAUACUUGCAGUUGCCACAAAAGAUGCCAGAUGUGUGAUUGCAAGUACUCAUGAAUUCAAGCCACAGAGUGAAGCUAAGAUAAAAGAAGGGAGUGAAACACACAAGAUUGUCAGCACAAGUUCCUUUCACACAACUCCAAAUACAUCAUUGGGCCUGGUUCAAGCAACACCAUCCAAGGUGCAGCCAUCACCCACCGUGCACACAAAAGAAGCAUUGGGUCUCAUCAUGAAUAUGUUUCAGGUUCCUACGCUUCCUGAUACUUCUAAUGACAAAGAUGAAUGGCCAUCUCUUGAUCAAAAGGAAGACAUAUUUGAAGCCCAGUUCCAAAACAAUGAAGGGUCUUCUGAGGCUAGAGGAGUCAGUAAGAUUAUCUCAUCCUUGUCAUCUGCCCCUUUUGUGUUUGAAGAUGGAAACAAAGAAAAUUACGGGUUACCACAGCCUAAAAAUAAACCAACAGGAGCCAGGACAUUUGGAGAACGCUCUUUGAGCAGAUUUCCUUCAAAACCAAAUGAAGAAGUACCUCAUACUGAAGAGUUUUUGGACGAUUCAACUAUCUGGGGAAUCCGCUGCAACAAAACUCUGGCACCCAGUCCUAAGAAUGCAGGAGACUUCACCUCAGCUGCACAGCUUGCGUCUACACCUUUCCACAAGCUUCCAGUGGACGCUCUAGAAGAUAAAGAAAAUGUACUAGCAAAACAGUACACCUACAUGACUUUGGAUUUUGGUGCAGAAAAUAUGGCAGGACCCUCAAAAGACAGGAAAUUCAGUCUGAUUCAGGAGCAAAGCCCAGAAGCAGCACUCCCCGCCAGUGUAUCUCCAGCAUCUUCGCUCUGCGUGAGCCAGCCUGCUGUGAGUGAUAAGCUGACCAGCGAGGCAGAGCAGAGCCUGGAGGCUUGCAGACUCACAGAUACUGACCCCGCCUCUGCCAUGGAACCUCCUGGUGUCGGUGUUGGGCUUCCAGGAGAGCUAAUGCAGACCAGUUGCCUUGGGAAUGUCAGUGCCCCAAACUUCACUGUUGAGAACCCAUGGGAUGAAAAGUUGAUUCUCAAGCUUUUAUCUGGCCUUUCUAAACCAGUGAGUUCCUAUGCAAAUACUUAUGAAUGGCAUUGUAAUCUUCCAGCCAUCAAGCCCAAGACUGAAUUUCAAUUGGGUUCUUUUCAGAUCUAUGUUGAUUAUCUUCUUGGAGAAGGGGCUUUUGCCCAAGUCUAUGAAGUUACCCAUGAAGAUGUGAAUGAUACCAAAAACAAACAGAAAUAUGUCUUAAAGGUCCAGAAGCCUGCCAAUCCCUGGGAAUUCUACAUUGGGACUCAGCUGAUGAAGAGACUAAAACCAAGUAUGCAACACAUGUUUAUCAAGUUCUAUUCUGCCCACUUAUUCCAGAAUGGCAGUAUUCUCGUAGGAGAUCUCUACAGCUAUGGAACAUUAUUAAAUGCCAUUAACCUGUAUAAAAACACCACUGAAAAGGUGAUGCCUCAGGCUCUAGUUCUCUCUUUUGCUAUCAGAAUGCUCUACAUGAUUGAACAAGUCCACGACUGCCAGAUCAUUCAUGGAGACAUUAAGCCAGACAACUUCAUACUUGGGAACAGAUUUUUGGAACAGGACGGUGAAGAUGACGAUAUAGCUGCUGGCUUGGCACUGAUUGAUCUGGGUCAGAGUAUAGAUAUGAAGCUUUUUCCAAAAGGAACUACAUUUACAGCAAAGUGUGAAACAUCUGGUUUUCAGUGUAUUGAGAUGCUCAGUAACAGACCAUGGAACUAUCAGAUUGAUUACUUUGGAGUUGCUGCAACAGUGUACUGCAUGCUUUGUGGCACUUACAUGAAAGUAAAAAAUGAAGGAGGAGUCUGGAAGCCAGAGGGUCUUUUUAGAAGGCUUCCUCAUUUGGAUAUGUGGAACGAGUUUUUUCACAUCAUGUUGAAUAUACCAGAUUGUGAUCACCUGCCCUCUUUGGCUUUGUUAAGGCAAAAGCUGAAGGAAACAUUUCAGCAACACUAUACAAACAAGAUUAGGGUCCUGCGCAAUAGGCUAAUCGUACUGCUCUUAGAGUAUAAGCGCUCUCGAAAAUAAAGUACAGUUACUCUAAAAAUCAUUUUGUAAAUGUUCGCCUGCUCACUUUGAACUUAGAUAUUUCCACACUUAUGGUUUAUUUAAA